AUGAGUAAAGGUAUUGCCGAGGUGACAGAAAACCCAGAGCGAAUUGCUGUGGAGCUUGAUGCCAGUGUUACGCUGUGCAAGAACCGGAUUGUCAUCGGGGAGGCAGGACUGACCAAGAAAGGUGCUGAAAGGUCUGCCCUCAUAAUAUUGAACCAGAGGAUCAGCCUUGGGGAGCUGUUCCUAGCUGCAUGGUCAGCCAAAACAAUCAGGAUUUGCGCUGAUGGCGGUGCGAACCGUCUUUACGAAUUCUUUGAGGGGUACGACGUGACUCUGAGGCAGAAUUACAUACCGGAUUACAUUAUCGGUGACCUGGAUUCCUUGAAACCAGAUGUGAAAAGUUACUACGCGAGCAAGGGGGCCACCAUAAUAUGUCAGAACAGCCAAUACUCAACAGACUUCACCAAAUGUAUCCGACUGCUGUCUUUGCAUUACAAUUCGAGUACAUUUCGAGAUGCUGUUAUGAUGAAGUUGCCGGAGGUAAACCAUGGUAUCGAGAUAGAAGACGGUAUCCAGGAUCUGUACAACGACAUGCUCAAGAAAUAUACAACAGAUAUACUGCCGAUAGAAGUUCUGGCGAUUAACGCGAUUGGCGGAAGGUUCGAUCAAACAAUUCACUCCAUCACACAACUAUACAAAUUACGUUCCACGGACCCGUACCUCAAACUGGUAUAUUUAACGGAUACCGAUAUUAUUUUACUGAUACCUGGAGGUGGCACUUUGCUUAGUUACGACUCCGAAUUUAGAGACUCCUGCAUUGGCAACUGCGGGUUGUUGCCGAUUGGCGUUCCAACCACCAUACUCGAAACCAGGGGCCUUAAAUGGGACGUGAGAAACUGGGACACGAGUAUCGUCACAGGGAAUGUCAGUUCGAGCAACAGGUUGGCCGGCAGGAAGCGGUGCUACCUGAACGCCGGGGAUGACUUCGUUCUAAACCUCGAGAUCUUCCCGGAGAAGCUGGCCUGCUACAUAAAGCAGAGUACACGGAAAUUGGAUCCCCCAAGAAUAUAG